AUGUCAUCGUCAUCGUAUUCGUCGCUACUCCCUCGCGAUCCCGUCUACGGAUUCCCACCAGAGGCUUUCGACACCUCCCUUCUUCCGGAUGUUGAUACUGAAUUCGUCAGCGCGCAAGACCUGGAAGCCUUUGAGAAGGCGCUUCAAGCUCCAGACCCCUUACAGAGCCCAACCGAUGAAACCGGCGCUCGAUCGCCGCGCAGUCCUAGUUCGUUCAGCGUGACAAAGAGAGCCUCACAGGUUGAAUCAGGGCUUGCCGACGACGUCGCUGCUGUCGCCGCAGCCGCAGAUGCUACCUCUGGAGGUUUUCCCCAACCGCAGAGCCAGGGAACGUUUAUCACAGCGCAAAACGACUGGGCGCCUGUCAACGAAAAGGUCUAUCGUCAUCGACGAGGUUCUAAACGAAAUAAGCGCAAACGCAGAAACGGAAAGGGGGCUGUCGAAGGUCUUUUAGGAACUCGAACCAAGGACGAGACCCGCGAAGGAUAUCUAUAUCAGCUUUCGAAAUGGCCACUACUCAUUUUCGUGUUCGCAUGGCUCGGUGGCCUUGCUGCCAUGUAUAUGUCGACAAGACUGUACAUCUGGGUGUAUGAGCACUUUUUCACAUGGAGAGGCCAGCGAGAAAGGCUCCGACGCAAUUUGCGACAUGCCUCGAAAUACGAGGACUGGGUGUCAGCUGCGAAGGAGUUGGACACUUAUCUAGGCCGACAAACGUGGAGGGAAGAGAACGACUUCGCAUACUACGACUCAAAGACUGCUCGACGAGUGUGGGAGCAGAUGAAAAAGACAAGACUUCGCGCUGAAGAACAAGAGAAUAAGAGUGAGAAGGACGAUGGGGGCAAGGCAGUGGGCGAGCUCAGGGCAUUGAUUGAGGCUUGCGUGAAGAACAACUUUGUUGGCAUUGAGAACGCUAGGUUGUACAGCCAGACAUAUUUUGGAACCAAGAACCUGGUGCAGAACUUCCUUGAUGAAGAGGAGAAAUGCAUCAAGUUCCUGGCUAGCACCAAACAGCUGGAGAUGGAGCAGAAACGAAUCCUUUUCAAGCACGUUUACGCCAACUACGGAAGAACAGCACUCUGUCUAUCUGGUGGUGCAGCCUUUGCUUACUAUCAUAUCGGUGUUGUUCGAGCACUGUUGGAUGCAAACCUGCUACCGGAUGUUAUCACUGGUACCAGUGGCGGCGCUUUGGUUGCGGCUCUGGUAGCUACUCGAACGAACGAGGAGCUUGACCAACUUCUUGUCCCGGCUCUUUCUGAACGCAUCAACGCUUGUCGCGAGUCUAUUACCACCUGGCUCCCGCGAUGGUGGAAGACCGGUGCUCGCUUCGAUUCUGUUGACUGGGCGCGACGAUGCGGCUGGUGGACCUACGGCUCCUUGACAUUCAAAGAGGCCUUUGAACGAACAGGCCGUAUUCUAAACGUCACUUGUGUCCCGGCCGAUCCCCACUCGCCUACAAUUCUAUGCAACUAUCUGACAAGCCCCGACUGUGUUAUUUGGUCUGCCGUAUUGGCAUCGGCUGCGGUUCCCGGAAUUCUCAACCCCGUUGUCCUCAUGAUGAAGACACGAGACGGAAGUCUAGAGCCGUAUUCCUUCGGACACAAGUGGAAGGAUGGCAGUCUGAGAACAGAUAUUCCCAUCAAGGCACUGAACACACAUUUCAACGUCAACUUUACCAUUGUCAGCCAGGUUAACCCUCAUAUCAACUUGUUCUUCUUUUCGUCUCGAGGUUCAGUCGGCCACCCAGUUACACACCGUAAGGGACGUGGAUGGCGAGGCGGCUACCUCAUGUCGGCCUUUGAACAUUAUCUCAAGUUGGAUAUGAACAAGUGGCUCAAAUUUAUCCGCCACGCGGAGUUGUUGCCACGACCUCUGGGCCAAGACUGGAGUCAGCUUUGGCUGCAGCAAUUCAGUGGAACCAUUACUAUUUGGCCCAAGUCACGAGUUUCGGACUUUUGGCAUAUUCUGAAUGAUCCCGACCCGCAUCGACUGUCACAUAUGAUCCACGAAGGAAAGCAGAGUGCUUUCCCCAAGCUCAAGUUUAUCGAGAACCGACUCAAGAUUGAGCGCUUGGUUGAGCGAGGACGUACAGACUCACGUCCGUGGGUGCGUCGAGGUAGCAUCCAGACUAUUCUGAGUGAAGAAGAUCUCCGAAGCAUUCUCGUAGAGGAGAUGGAGAACAGUGUGACGGAGGAGGAGACGGAUGGUGAUGAUCUUAGUGCUCUCGGCCUGGGGAUGACUGUGGCGGACGGUGAUGUCCUUUACGAAGAGCCAAAAGAGAAGAGUGAUUCUGAAGGCACUGACUAA